AUGAGUCUACUAAAAAUCCCCUUCCUCGUAGCCUCAGCCAUUGGCGUCCAAAUUUCGUUCACUACUUCUUCUCCGCCACCGUUAUAUAAAGAGAGGUUGAAGCCUACCGCAUUUGAAUCCUCCUACGCCAGUAGCUCCGCUCUGACAAUUUCCAGUCUAAUACUUGUCAAGGCUUGCGCAUAUGCGUUAUUGGCUGCCGAAGUGGCCAACAUCCUUGCCAUGCAUAUAGACCCCUCGAAAAUCCCGGGGGACAUCUAUGGCGCCCGCCGAGCUGUGGAGCUUCUACGCUCUCUUCAUUCCACACCGAUCACCCCCACUUUUCUUGCGGGUAAUCUUGCCAUCGCGAUCGGGGGCGCGUUAAGGUUUUAUUGCAUAAUGACGUUAGGAAAACUUUGGAGUUUCCAGCUCAGUAUCAGGAAAGAGCACAAACUUGUGACGAGCGGGCCAUACUCUGUCGUCCGCCACCCAAGCUACACCGGUCUCCUUAUUCAAGCUGCUGGGGUCAUCAUCACGUACGGAAGCCCUGGAUCAUGGAUGUGGCGGUCUAGGAUUUUACAAGUGCCUUUCAUGACGGCGCUCACAGUCGUUGGGUUCAUCAUGUAUACGAUAUCUGCCUGGGUUGCCAUCAGCCGAAGUGUGGUAGAGGACAAGAUGAUGCAGCGUGCUAUGGGACAAGACUGGGAGAAUUGGGCAAAGGUGGUGAAAUAUCGAUUGUUUCCUGGGGUCUAUUAA